GCUGGGAAUGUACCGGGGACGCGCAGUGAGCAGGGAGAGGUGAGGUGAUUGGCUGGCUGCACCAUGCUGGGCUGAGCCUAUGAGUGAGGGGGAGAUGAGCCCGGGCAUGUAUGAAGCUGCUUCUGUGGAUGGAGAUGAUGAACGAGGUGCAGAGUUCAAGAGACAUAGGGUUAUCGCUUCCUGUGGUGGCCAAGGCCAUUUGGCAGGUGCUGAAAAGUAGGGAUGUUCAGAACUUCGGGAGAGUUCUCGACUUCUUAGACUUAACCCAUGAACAGGCUCCAGGUCUGCUUUGCUACAGACACUAUGCCAAGCUAAGUGCCGGUCUGAGAGGAAAGAUUGUGCUCAACAUGAUUGAAGAGAAGAAGCCUUUGUUGGAAAUUCUGAAAGCAUUAAACAAUCACUUUCCACCAGUAUUCACAGACGACUCCACAGCAACCACAAUGAACACAGACUACGGGGAACAGUUCAUGGAUGUUCUAGAAAAACUUCUCUGGGAAUUUCUUUGUCGUUUACAGACCGCUCUCAACCACCAGGUUACAGAAAGCACAGAGGUACCUGUUCUAGAGGGAGCGCACCUCUCCAGCCGCCCCAUUCUCCCUGAUUCAGGACUGCUGAAUAUUUCGACUAUCUUUGCUGGUAUUUAUACUGAGGAACGGAGUACGAUGGAACGGAACAGAGAUCAUCCAUUACUCUCCAUGGAGACCUGCUCUUCAGAGGAAGAGGAACAAGAUGAAUGUGAGAUGCAGCAAUAUGCUAUGGAGGGAAAACAAGAUUCCGGUAGAUGUGAAGGCAGCGGGGGCCAUGACCAAAUAGUACUACCGUGUGAGAGUUCAGAAGAGAGCUCUUUCACUAGGAGGACAGAAGAUCCGGUAUGUAGCCACAAUAGCGGAGCCUCUGCAGAUUGUAAUUUGGGGAUACAUGAGCAUCAGUCUCCAUAUUUUGACAUUUUUGGGUUUGACUGCAGUGAAAGUUCUAAAGUAACACCUUUUAGAAAACGUUCUCCUCCAGACCCUUUACAGACUCCGGAAACAGAUCAUCGGUUGGGUCAAGAGCUAGACUCGUAUAGCUUGCAUGACUGGUUGGCGGAAAGGUCCAAAUUGUCCCCUGGCAAGAUGCAGAGUGAAGAAACUUCAGAGGAGGUGUCGUCUGAAUGCCCUAUCAAGAUUUCUGUUCUUGAGCAACGGGACCCUAUGUCACACAAUUCUGAAAUAAACGUGGACCAAAGUGCAGAGGGUGAGCCUUCACAUCUAGGGUUGAUGUCAUGGAGGUACCAGCCGAAGGUUUACAUGACACCGCUACCUCUGAAUCUCAUCAGAAAGUAUGUAUGCCAACAACUGACAAAGGGUGAAUCUCUUGAAGGUGACUUGAAUACACAGGCUGCAGAUUCUGAGUUGUCGCAGUACACAACAUAUGCAGACCUGGGCAGCUGGCCAUGGGAUUCUUCUGUUUCUACGGACAAUGACAGCAGUGACCCAGACUAUAGUCCUGGUCACAAUACCUUCUUUCUUGAUAGUCAAACAGAAAGUAUUAUGCGAACUAAGAGAGUGCUACGCUCUUCCUCACUUCCGUGAGAGACACGUAUAACUGUAAUGUGUGAGCUUUAAUAGGUAUUAUUUUCUUCAUAUGUAUCACCAGUCACUUACAGCAGCGAUGGCUUACCAGUGGCUCUUGAGCCGCCUGCUGUUCUUUCUUUAUUCAAGUGUGGCUCCCCAACACUCAAAAUCACAUGACCACAAUAGAUCCGGAAACUGCUACACUCCAGCCAGACACACAGCAGCACUAUAGGCACUGAGAAUUGAGAGAGACAGAUACUAGAGGUGAGACACCCACUGUCAAACAGAGGACACAUAU